CUUAUUGUUAAAGUUCUACUAAAUAAUAGAUAACAAUGUUGAGAAAUAUUCAGUUAUUUGUUUGUAGUCUGUUACCGCUCAAAACUCAAGGGUGGAAUGUAACAGUUUCUCGUUCAAGAGUAAGAUAUCAUUUUCCUCGCCCGAAUGAGAGAAAAAGAAUUGUGGAGCAAGGCUACUAUGCUAAAUUAUCAACUUCUUUCGGUAGAAAAAUACUGAUGAGGCGAAUACUAAAGAAUAGAUAUGUUUUGAGUCAUUAAUCUUUCGUUUCAUUUAAAAUUGUAACUACUUCAUAUUGAUGGCUUCUGACAGCAAAUAUAGAUUAACUUAUCUUAUAUGUUUGCAUGAUAAAAUGUACGUGUCAAAUCAUUUAUUGUAAAAAGUAUCUUUAUCACACUAUACUUUUGAAUACUUGAAUAAAAAAAUGAAUAGUAUCUUGGUUAAAAAUUAACAAAAGUGUUUUGUUAAUCAAUUUGGAUAAAGCAAAUAAUUAUGUUUUUUUAUACUAUGUAUUAGCUUUUUACGUUCUUACACUUAUUUCAGAUGAGAAAAUCAAUUUUGAUAAUCAGCAAAAUGAAAAUGAUUACGCAUGUAAUCUGAUAAGCCCAAACGACGUCACAAGUUGACGUUUCAAUUAGUAAAUUUUUUAUUGAAUUUAAACAUUCCUAGCCGAUCUUUAGCCUGUUUAAAUGAUUUUCAAGUUUAUUAUUUUAUGUUAAAUACAAGUAGGUUUCAACAUUUUUAAGCAGAUUGUGUAAAACGUACUAUACAUAUAAAAAAUAGCUCCUAUUAAAAAAAAAAAAAUUUCCAACUUUUGGCACUGAUAUCAAACAGUUAAGAAAAGGGCACUACUGCGAUAUACUACUUAGGAAAAUAAUAUAGUAUUAUCUGGA